AUGAAUUGCGCAGGAUAUACUGAUAAAAGUGCUUGUAAUGAAUGUCUUAGCUUAAAAGUUGAUAAGAAUUUACAAAAUCGAAUUGCAAUUGUAAAACCACCAAAAUCAAAAUUGAAGCAUAUCCCAAAACACUAUUUCGAAAACGAUCCUCUGAAAAAGUAUUUGAAAUAUGUUGAUCUUAAUAUCGUUUGGUCUCUUAUCAAAGACAAUAACUCUGAUACGGCUUCAGAUGUUUGGGUAACAUUGGCAAAUAAAGGUAUUAAUGGUGCUUUUAAAGAAAAACCAGUUUUUACAGGUCUUUGUGAAAUUAUGACACAAGUUGCAUCUAAAAAAGAGAAAAAUAAGGGUAAACAAAACCUGAAAUAUUCUGAGGAAUUUAAAAACUUUCUCAUAGUACUUGGUACCUUUAGUCCGCAUGCAUUAAAUUUAUUUCGACAAAACUUAGAAGGUUUAACGAUCCAGAAUAUCAGGCGUUUGCGUUCUAAUUCUGAAGAUAUAUUAACGGAUCCAACACUUUGUUUUGAAAACGUAGCUCGUUUUAAGCGAUUUUUGGAUUCAAUUGGUUAUGAUGGACCGAUUGCAGCUAUGUCCGACAAUACAAAACUAAAACCUCGCCUCCGAUAUUCAUCGCAGAUGGGAUGCAUAAUUGGAUCUACAUUUUCAGUUAAUGAGACAAGUAUCAAAACAUAUAACGAUAUUCCACUUGUAAUCAACAAAAUUAAGGAAAAUAAUUCUAUUGCAAAAUAUGUAAGAGUGUAUAUAUUACAGGUUCCGUUGCCAAAAUUUCCUCCAGUAAUUAUUGCUCUUCUUCCUAACAAUGGAUCUGAUAAAACGGAAUCAAUCGUCAAUAUACAUAAGUUACUUUUGGAUUUUGCACAGGAACUUGGAUUACACAUAAUCUCAAUUGGUUCUGAUGGUGCACAAGUUGAGUUUAACGCACAAACUCAAAUUCAACAGAUUAAAACUUCCGAUAGACUUAGAUUUAAUUAUACACCAUAUAACAUUGAUUUCAGUUGUCCAAUUUUUCCAAAUAUUGGACCAAUAGUACGAAUUCAAGAUCCUAAACAUGCUAAGAAGACGGGACAUAAUGCAGCAAUGUCUGGUGCUCGAGCUCUCACAUUUGGUCAUUCUACUAUAGGAUUUAAUCAUUUUACAAAAUUGUUAUCUCAUCUCCAAAGUCCCAUGUAUAAGUCUGAUGUGUAUAAGCUUGAUCGUCAAGACGAUGGUGCAGCUUAUCGAACCUUUUGCCCUAAAAAUUUGGCAUGUUGCCUUGAUUCUAAUAAUAAGAUCAAAUCCGAAUUCAAGGGCACAUUUAUAUAUCUAUUUAUAAUUGGUGAAUUGGUUGAUAGUUAUUUGAAUAGAAAUAUUUCACCUCUUGAACGAAUAAGAAUGGCAAUGACUUCUUAUUUUUUUUUGCGAAUUUGGCGAUUUCAUAUAAAUACAUUAGCACGAAAGUAUCCUGAAUUUAUUUCUGUAUCUCAGAACUUUAUUGCAUCUCAAACAUUUGCAAUAAUGACUUCAUUAGCAGAAUCAAUAGUUUUACUUGUAAAAGCUCAUAGAGAUUAUUAUAGUCAAUAUCCUCUUAUUCCUUGGAUUCAUGGUUCAGAAGCCUGUGAACAUUUUUUUGGAGCAGCACGGCAAAUUAAUGCUGAUUUUGAUUUUGCAGAGUUGUUAGAAAUGGUACCAAAAAUUGGCCACUAUACCAAAGCAUUAAAUUCAAAAGAAUUGUCUUUCAAUAAAGAGAAAUCUGUACGUGAUGGUAAGUAA